AAAUAUAUAUUUUUCUGGCUGAAACCGUCCUUGACAGCGCUAGAGGAUGAACAGCAUUAGACAGGUGCCCACACGGGUGAAAAGCAGGCGGACUGAAGCCAAUCUCGGAGCGGAGAGGGAGCAUUUUGACAAGCAGCAGUUGAACAGCAUCAGCAAGGCCAUCAACUCCGCUGAGACGCCUGUGAAGGAGAAACAUGCACGACGAAUCAUACUCGGGACUCACAGGGAGAAGGGAGCCUACACCUUCUGGUCCUACGCUCUGGGUUUCCCCCUGGCCAGCAGCUCCAUCCUCAGCUGGAAGUUCUGCCACGUACUACACAAAGUCCUGCGGGACGGACACCGCAAUGUUCUACAAGACUGCAUGAGGCAUCACAGUUCUCUAGUUGAAAUUGGGACACUGUGGAGCAACCUCCAUGACAAAUACGGACAGCUGGUGGCUCUGUAUACCAAACUGCUCUGCACAAAAAUGGAGUUUCAUGCGAAGCAUUCAGAAAUCCCACCGAACCUGGAGGCCACAGAUGAAGUCCUGGAGCGCACUGCAGGAACCGACGUUAAUAAUGUGUUCCAGCUCACAGUGGAGGUGUUUGAUUACUUGGACGCAGAGCUGAGGCUGGCCGAGACAGUGAUCCGACAGCUCAACACAUCCAUCGCUGUCUCCACUCUCACAUCAGGCCAGUGUCGGCUGGCUCCACUCAUACAAGUCACCCAGGACUGUAGUCACCUCUACCACUUCACCGUCAAGCUGCUAUUCAAGCUGCAUGCCUGUCUCCCCGCUGACACCUUACAAGGACACCGUGACCGUUUCCAUGACCAGUUUCACAGCCUUAAGACCUUCUUCAAUAAAGCCAGAGACAUGCAGUACUUCAAGAGACUGAUCCAGAUCCCCAAGCUGCCUGAUUCCCCACCUAACUUCCUGCACGCAGCCUCACUGGCCAAGCAUGUGAAGCCAGUGGUGGUCAUCCCUGAUGAGUACGAAGCAGAGCAACCAGACGACGAAGAUGACGAUCCAGAGCCACUCAUCGAGGUUAGCGAUGUCUCAACAUCCAGCCUUCAGCCACAGCCACAGCAACUGGACAUAUUUGAUCAGACGUUUGGACCUCCGAAUGGAGGCUUCGAUGACCGGGAUCUCCAGAUUGAAAGCCUGAAGCGGGACCUGGAGAUGUUGAGAGCAGAACUGGAGAGAGUCAAAGCAGAAGCUCAGCGUUACAUCACACAGCUGAAGUCCCAAAUCAACAGUUUGGAGGCAGAACUAGAAGAACAGCGUGCACAGAAACAACAUGCUUUUGUGGAAAAUGAGCAACUGCGCAUGGAGCUGGAGGCUACGCGUCGCCGAAACGCAGAACAUGAGACCUCGCAGGUCGUCUUCGUUGAAGCAGAAAAAAAAGCCCAGGCCACUGAGCAGCGGUACAAUAAGUUAAAGGAGAAGCACACAGAGCUGGUGGCCAGCCAUGCUGAAUUACUUCGGAAGAGUGCAGACACUGUGAGGAUGCUGUCAGCAACCCAACAGACACAGGAAGAGGUGGAGAGGACUAAAUAUCAGCUGUCGUUUGAGGUUGAUCGAAUAAAACAGGAAGCUGACAUGAAGCUGGAAGAACAGAAGUUUGAAAUGGAGAAGCUGAAGAGAGAGCUGGAGGAGAAGUUGGCAGAAAUGAUGCGACUCAAGGGGACUCUGCAGAGCAGCGAGAUGACGUCGGAGCAAAUGAACAGCUCAGUGACUGCUCUGCAGGCGGAGAAGGAGCGUCUCAUGCGAUCUGUAAGUGAGAAGGAGGCGGAGCUGUCGUCGCUGCGGCAGACUGCGCAGGUGCAGCAGUCGUCACUUCAGCAGGAGCGAGAGAGGAGCGGCAGGGAACUGGUAGAUCUUCAGGGCAAACUGCAGGAGAAGUCGAGUCAGGAGGAGCAGCUGAAGCAGAGGCUGCUGGAGGAGCAGUUUGUUCUGCUGCAGGGUACCAUCACAGAGGCUGAGAACAUCAUCCAAGAUGCUGUCGCUAAACUGGAUGAUCCGCUUCAUAUACGCUGCACCAGCUCACCAGAUUAUCUCGUGAGUCGGGCGGAGGCCACACUGGGCUCAGUAGACAAAGUGAAAAAGGGCCAUGCAGAUUAUCUGAGUAACAUGGGAGAUGCUGGAGGACUGUUGAGGGCUCUGACCCAGUUCUCCCACUUGACUGCGGAUACAAUCAUCAACGGCAGUGCCACUGCACACAUGGCACCCACUGACCAUGCAGACCGAUUGACGGAGAACUGCAGAGGCUGUGCCACUCAGAGUCUGCAGUUCUUCAAAGACCUGAAGUCCAAGACCACCCUCCCUGGCGCAGACACUGCCUCCAUUCGCAUAAUCGUUCAAAAGAUCCUGAACUUGGGCCAGGAGCUGCGGCCAAAAGGCAUGGAUGUUCGUCAGGAUGAGCUUGGAGAUCUGGUCGACAAGGAAAUGGCUGCAACAUCUGCUGCUAUUGAAGAGGCAGUCCGCAGGAUUGAUGAAAUGAUGAAUCAGGCACGAAAGGACACAUCAGGAAUUAAACUGGAGGUCAAUGAAAGAAUCCUCAACAGCUGCACAGACCUGAUGAAGGCCAUCCGCUUACUGGUCAUAGCAUCUACAGACUUGCAGAAGGAGAUUGUCGAGAGUGGGAGGGGCGCAGCCACCAUUAAGGAGUUCUACGCCAGAAACUCUCGCUGGACUGAGGGACUCAUCUCUGCUGCCAAGGCUGUGGGAUGGGGAGCCACAGAGAUGGUGGAGUCUGCUGAUAAGGUGGUGCUGCACACGGGCAAAUACGAAGAAUUGAUUGUCUGCUCCCACGAGAUCGCUGCCAGCACAGCACAACUGGUAGCUGCCUCGAAGGUUAAGGCGGGCCGCAACAGUCAGAGGCUGUCGGCUCUCCAGCACGCUUCUCGCCAUGUUAAUGAAAUGGCAGCUAAUGUGGUGGGCUCAACGAGGACGGGCCAGGAACACCUAGAGGAAAAAGAAACCAUGGACUUCUCUGGGUUGUCCGUCAUCAAGUUGAGAAAAGAAGAAAUGGAGUCGCAGGUGAAAGUGCUUGAAUUGGAAAGUCAGUUGGAGAACGAGCGUCUGCGUUUGGGCGAGCUGAGGAAGAAGCACUACGAAGUGGUCGGAGUCCCUUCAGAGCAGGUUUCUGACGGGAACAGCCAAACCUCCUCGUUGGCCUAUCCUGCCACCAUGUCGCCAAAACCUAGCAAGCCUACUCUUUCUAAAAAGCCUGCGUUGGCCCAGAAACCCAACGUACCACCAAAAGCCACGUUCAAGUAAUGCCUGAGCAGAAGAGGAACAUUCUCCACUAAUGGAUGGUUGGAUUGACCAGAGAAGGGUCCUCUUGUUGUAAACAUACGGUUCCUUUAAGUUGCAUGCUGACAAUCCUCUGCCUCGUCCUACAUCUCACUGUUCUCUCCUUUCUUUCUUUCUCUUUUUUUCUCGCCAAAAUGGACCAGAAGCCUGAUUUUUGACCCUUGAUGCCUGUAAGGGAUAGGUUGUUGUUACCCCCCACCUCCUUCAACACAUACGCCAUCCAGGCAGAACCCUUUUUUUUUGUAUUUGGCAUCAAGAACAAAAAAGGUUAAUAUGAGACUUUUAGGCUGUGUGAAAGUAUAUUUUUAGAUGAUGAUGAUGCUACUGCUGCUUUUACAAUACAAACCUUGAUAAUAACUACAAAUUGACAGAAUGUCAAGCGUUAGAUUUCAUCAUGCUUUAGACAAACCUUUUUGCACAAUAUUUUGGACGUUCAUUAAAUGAGCACAUCACAUUUUUCUUAAUGUGUUAUUUAUGUUGUGGUGAGCGGUAAAGGAAACUGGGGAAUCACAUUGUGUGCGUUUAUGUUGCUGCAAAGGUUUUACAUACCUCUGACUUCAUUAUGGACACUUUUCCUCUUAUGUGCAAAACAGCUUUCUUUCUCAACAGUACAAGAUUGUCUCAGAGGCCUUGUAAUGUAAUGUUCUAAUGCAUUGAAUCAUACCUGUAAAGACAUACAGUCUGUAUAGGAGUGUGCCACUUGCACCAACUAUAAUUUAUAUCUACACAUCUCUUGAAUGUCCCUUCUAUUAUAGGAUAACCUGGAUAUUAUACUCAAGCAUAUAGAUAGACUUCAUGCUUGCACACAGAAAUUGGAUGUAGCUGACCUUAAUUAUCAAAUGCUUCUUUUAGGCUGAAUGAAGAUUAAGGGUUAGUUAAUAUACAAUAUAAAGGUGUUCAAGUUCUCUUUGCCUCUGGCAGUUUUUCAAACAGGGUCUUAAAUGCAUCUUUAUGUUCUGUCCUUUCCUCUGUACGAAAUGUCUUUAUACACUCAGAUCUAUUAAUAUAUUUUAGUAAAGAUAAUAGUGGUUUCUCCUUGUAAGACGUGUAAAUGUCAAACAAAUGAACAAUAAAUAUUUGAUUUAAAGUCC